AAAACCAGUAGCCCACUUAGACAAAUUCGAUCAAAGCUCAAUUGGAAUACUACCCCAAGUCCAAAUCCAACAAACAAACUCAUAAUCCACUUAACAAGCUUGACAAGAAAUUGAAAACCAUGGCCAUGUCGUUUCUGUCUUCUGCCCCUUUCCAAGGAUUCCCCAACCAGCUCCCCUGCUUCACCCCAAAAACAGGUUAUUGUACUUUCCUUUCCACUUCUCUCUUUCUGCAUAACCCAUGUGUCUGAAUGUUAAAAGCUACUUAAUUUUUGUUUCUUCCGUUCAAUAGGUGCAGAAAGAUUGAACGUUUGCAAUCUAAUUUCGUGGGACACUCGUUCAAGAAAAGCAAACAGCAAUAAGGCAAACCAGUGGCACCAUAGAGCUCUUCUUAUGACAAUGUCUUCUGCUUCUUCAGAUUCUGCAUCAAGAAUUUCAUCAGGUGCCUUUGAGAAAUCGAAGAGAGUGUGGAUAUGGACACAAAACAAGCAAGUCAUGACUGCUGCUGUUGAAAGAGGCUGGAACAACUUCAUCUUCCGGUCUGAACAUCGAGAACUUGCCAAUGACUGGUCAGCAAUUGCAUUGAUAUAUCCCCUCUUUAUUAAAGAAGGAGAGGUUUUAGAUGAUGGGAACAAUAGGGUUGCCACGAUUUUCCAGGUUUCAACUCCUGAAGAGCUACAGCAACUUCAACCAGAAAAUGCCCAGGCUGAGAAUAUUGUUAUUGAUUUACUGGAUUGGCAGAUAAUACCUGCAGAGAAUAUUAUUGCAGCAUUCCAAGGCUGUCAAAAAACUGUGUUUGCCAUCUCAAAUACACCUUCUGAAGCACAAAUCUUCCUUGAGGCCCUGGAGCAAGGUUUGGGUGGAGUUGUUCUAAAAGUUGAGGAUGCUGAAGCUGUCAUUGAGCUCAAGGAGUAUUUUGACAGAAGGAAUGAAUCAAGCAAUAUGUUGAGCUUGACAAAAGGAACUGUAACUAAAAUUCAAGUAGCUGGAAUGGGUGAUCGUGUUUGUGUGGAUCUCUGCAGCCUCAUGAAAUCUGGUGAAGGACUUCUGGUUGGUUCCUUUGCUAGAGGACUAUUCCUUGUUCACUCAGAAUGCUUGGAGUCAAAUUAUAUUGCUAGCAGGCCUUUUCGUGUCAAUGCAGGACCAGUACAUGCAUAUAUCUCUAUUCCAGGAGGAAAGACUUGCUACCUUUCCGAGUUAAAAGCUGGCAAAGAAGUAAUGAUAGUUGACCAAAAAGGUCAGCUGCGAACAGCAAUUGUUGGCCGUGUAAAGAUAGAGACUAGACCCCUUAUCCUUGUAGAGGCAAAGAUAGAUUCCGAUGAUCAAAUGCAUUACAGUAUCUUCCUACAGAAUGCAGAGACAGUUGCCUUAGUGCCUCCAUGCGAAGGAAGUGGACUGCAAAAAGUAGCUAUUCCUGUGACUGCAUUAAAAGUUGGAGAUGAAGUUUUAUUGCGGAUACAAGGUGCAGCCCGCCAUACAGGAAUAGAAAUUCAAGAAUUCAUUAUUGAGAAUUGAUCAAUAAUGAGAUUUCUACUUUCCAAUCAAUAUGUUGGUGAUCAUCUGUGCAGCAAUGAGAAGGAUGAUCGCCAUCCAACAGAAAUGCUCCCAUCUAUGUCGCAUUCUUGUGCAAGAAUCCAGUUUCAAGGUUCAAGAAAACCACUGUAAAUUUAAGCAAAUUCUUGAUGAAAUUUUUGACUUGUGGGUGAAAGGAUCAAAUGAUUAUAAUCUAUGGCCUCUUUUUAUGGAAUAAUUUUAUGGUAGCACCGUGAUUCCAUGUAGGCAGAUUUACAUAAAAUGACAAACUAAUAGUGAUUUACAUGCAAGAAAUAAAAGUUAUUUUUACU